AUGGCUAGUAUUCCUAAAUACAUUAAAUCUCUGGAUAAUCAAAUAAAUAAACAACUUAAGUGUCUCAAAAAGACAAACAGUGAGUUACUUGAGGUACAGCAAACAGAGUACGAUCAAGUUUUGAAGAUUUUUGAAAAGGCAUUUAAAUUAUUAAUUAAUGACUCAGUUACUUAUUCUGGAAUCCUUAACAGAAUAAAACAAGCCUAUGACAAUGCACUUGAAGUUCGCAGUAAACGUAUUUCACAAUUCAUAACCCAAGACCUUAGCGACGACAAAUUCUCCGACUACCUGAACCUGAUGAGAGAACGGGACGCUCGCUAUACGCUCUACUUCGAGAACUUGGGGCUGCAGAUGAAGCUUAAGGAACUGGACGGCAGCUCAUACCCGGUGGAUGAUGCUUACGGAGACCCAGUCGUAUUGCGAAUAGCACUUGAAAAGUGCAGGGAGCAAUUAUCAAAUACCCAAAGGGAACUAAAUAAGAUGACGGACGAGUAUGCGGACACUGUGCCUCGGCGGGAUUAUGACACUUGCGAGGCGAAGUACUACAAUCUCUCCAAGGCUUUGGACAAACUAGAGGAAGAAUAUAAACUUCUUCGACAGACUAAUAAAAGGCUUAUGGAUGCAAAAGCAUCCAUCGAGGAAGAGUUGUUUGAUACAAAGGAGCGAUGCGGUGAGCUGGAACGAGCUGGCACACCUCGCCCGCAGUGGGAGCUGUGCGCCGACUUUAUAGGUGGAGGAAGAGAAAGAUGGUGGCAGCUGGCGAGUGGUCUCUCGUCACGCGAUACUCUAAGAGUGUUGUUGAAGGAGCUCGGCCCAGCUGCAGAAAGUGACCAUCUUGAACAUUUUGACGGACUUGGUACGGAUCCAGUCAUUCCCCCAUACCUCCGAUAUGAGGGCAAGGUGCGGAACCUGCGCUUGUCACGACGAGAGAUCAGCGUCAUCAUCAACGACAUCUGGCUCGGAAAAAUAGACUGCCAGGAUAUGCCCAUGCAGGACUAUGUUACUAAGUACUUUGAGGACAGGUAUCAGCAGGCAUCGGUGCGCGCGGAGUGGGCGUACAACGUGUGCGCAGGCGCGGAGCAGAUGCUAGACGAGCCGCAGGUGAAACUGUUCUGGGGCGUGCUGCACGGUCACCUCAGCGAGCGCAUCUACUGGGGCCACCGCGCGCACUGGCUCGCACUCAAGCACAACCUAUACAAGCGCUCCAAGGACCAGGAGACCAUUUCCAUUGAAGAAUUCGAGAAAAUUGCAAAGUCAACGUUCCCGUUAAAGAGUGAUGUGGACAUCAAGAAUCUAAUGGACGUGGUGCGUAAGCAACUCAAGCUGAAGAUCAACAGCAUCGACAUCAAUUUGGACAAACUGUUUCAAGAGAAUGAAGAAGGAUUCGACCGCGUGGAGUUUGCGCGCGAGUUGUUCCGGCAGCGGCAGGUCGCGCAGGACAAGUACAUCCGCGAGGUGGUGGCCGAGCUCGGGGGCAAGCACGCCGCCAACGCCGUCACCGUGGACAACCUCAAACGGGCGUUUGCCAUCGUCGACCCUGCCAUAGAUCACAUCAGGAUGGAGCGUUAUAUCCGUUGGGCGUUUUCGGAUCCAACGAGUGAUAUGAACAGCAUUCCUCCGAUUCCUUUGAGAACAUUGACUACCAGAUUAGCCGCUGGAGACAUAGAACGUAUUGGACCAAGGUACCGCGGCACGCAGCGCAGAACUACUUACAAAUAA